AUGUACGAACCGUGGGUUGCAAUCCCAACCCUCGUGUGCAGCUCGCUAUCUGCGGUUGCCACGGGGUUGGUCAUCCUGAUGUGGGCGUUCUCCAGCCACGACGAGAAACACUCCUUUCGAUACGCAUUGGUAAUGAACUUGACAAUCGCUGAGUUCAUCAACUCGUUCAACAACACUAUUUCCGGAAGUAUAGUCGUAACGACACAAAAGUGGCUCAAGCUCGGCAUGAGCUGCAACAUGAACGGCUGGCUCGGCCAGGUCUCGGUGCAAGCCGCGGACUUCUCCGUCCUGGCCAUCGCGGUCGUAACCCUGCUAACGGUCAACUUCAACGGCUGGAUCAUGCAUUGCAGUACGACUGAGCAGCGGCUGAUAUGUCUGUUUGUGUGGGUGGUGCCCUUCUUCACUGCCUCUCUGGCCCUGGUAUUGGACAAGAUCGAGCCCGUGACGGGCAACUGGUGUUGGAUCGCGCAGGACCCUCCCUACCUGAGAUACGCUCUUGGCCACGGUUGGCGCUUCGCCAUCUUCCUAGCCGUCAUCGGCAUCUACGUCGCCGUCUUUCUGAGCGUGCGCCGCCGCCUCUCGAAGCGCAACCAGGAGCCUAAGCUGCAGCGGAGCUACUCUUUCAGCAUGUAUACCGAUUCCGCGUCCGACGUGAACGCUGUCAUGAGCAACAAUGAGCUUAUCCGCGGGAAGCACACCAUGCCCACGACUGUGCGCGAGGCUGUGACUAGGACAAGCUCCGACAGAAAUAAGACGACUGGCCUCGAGGCCGCGCAGGAGUCCAAGCUCAGCGCGCAGCAGCGGCUCGGGAUCAAGCCGCGCAUCAGGGUUAUCCGGAGCAGCCAGCUCGACCACGACACACGGCACUGGCUCCUGCUAUCAUUGUUUCCUAUGGCAUAUAUCGUGGUCUGGCUGCCGGGACUGGCCAACCGAUUCGCAGAGCUGGCCGGACGGCACGAUCAAUGGCUUAUCGCGGCCCAGGCGACGACGCAACUUACUGGACUGGUGAACGCGAUGGUGUACGGAUUCAAGGAACAUCGUCAUAUGAUGAAGAGGCGGAAGAGAUCUCAAGAGCUAAUAAAGCAAAACGGCCUGGAUCUGGACAUAUGA